AUGACAAAAGGGAUGGCUUCAACCACCACAUUUUUACUAAUGUUACAGUUUCUGUUCCUAGUUUUUUGCUCAUUCUAUAAACCAAGCUUUGCUUUCACUUCACAAGAGUACUAUGAUGCUCUUGAGAAAUCCAUUCUCUUCUUUGAGGGACAAAGAUCUGGAAGAUUGCCUUCCAACCAACACCUGACAUGGAGGGGAGAUUCUGGAUUGUUCGAUGGCUCUUCUUAUCAUGUGGACCUAGUGGGUGGUUAUUAUGAUGCUGGAGAUAACGUUAAGUUUGGUUUUCCAAUGGCGUUUACAACUACAUUAUUAGCAUGGAGCGUUAUUGAAUUUGGAAGCUCAAUGCAGAACCAGAUUGAAAAUGCUAAAGCUGCUAUCCGGUGGAGCACCGAUUACCUUCUCAAAGCAGCUACCACCACCCCUGACACAUUAUAUGUCCAAGUAGGAGACCCAAACAUGGAUCACCGGUGUUGGGAAAGGCCUGAAGAUAUGGACACUCCACGCAAUGUGUAUAAGGUAUCAGCACAAAACCCAGGUUCGGAUGUAGCAGCAGAGACAGCAGCUGCAUUGGCAGCUUCUUCAUUAGUAUUCAAAGAUUCGGAUCCCAGCUAUUCCUCUAAAUUGCUUCAAACAGCCAUUCAAGUAUUCAAUUUUGCAGACCGUUACAGGGGCUCUUACAGUGACUCACUUAAUUCGGUGGUGUGUCCAUUCUACUGCUCUUACUCUGGAUACCAUGAUGAGCUUCUAUGGAGUGCAUCAUGGAUUUACAAAGCCUCGGGAAUUAACUCAUACGUGCAAUAUAUACAAUCAAAUGGACACAUAUUAGGCGCUGAUGAUGAUGUUUACUCCUUCAGUUGGGAUGACAAACGUGCUGGAACAAAAAUCCUGCUUUCCAAGGAAUUCUUGGAGAAAGACUCUGAAGAGUUCCAAUUAUAUAAGGCACAUGCAGACAAUUACAUAUGUUCACUAAUGUCAGGAACACCUGGUUUUCAGGCUCAAUACACCCCAGGGGGUCUUCUGUACAAAGGAAGUGCAAGCAAUUUGCAAUAUGUCACAUCAACCGCCUUCCUUCUCUUAACAUAUGCUAAGUAUCUCAACUCAAAUGGAGGUGUUGUCUCCUGUGGGACUUCAACAGUAACGGGAGAGAACCUCAUAAAACUAGCUAAAACACAAGUUGAUUACGUUCUGGGUAAUAAUCCAAAAAAGAUGUCUUAUAUGGUGGGUUUUGGGGAGAGUUAUCCAAAACAUAUCCACCAUAGAGGUUCAUCUCUACCUUCUGUUCACGUGCAAGCUCAACAUAUUUCAUGUAACAACGGGUUUCAAUACCUCGAUUCAGGUUCCCCCAAUCCAAAUGUCCUUGUCGGAGCCAUAGUUGGUGGUCCUGAUAGCAAUGACAAUUUCUCUGAUGAUCGAAAUAACUAUCAACAGUCAGAGCCAGCAACUUACAUCAAUGCACCUUUUGUCGGUGCUGUUGCUUUUUUCUCUGGCAAAGCCACAAGUUAG